GGUUGCAGAUAAGUGACACAGUUAGUAGGUGACACACAUUGCUUGGCCCGCUUCCUCUUCAUCAGUGGAAGGCCGCAGGGCUGUGAAGAGAUUGGACUUUGCUAUCAGAUACUGCUUGUGCUGUGUGGAUGCCCCGUGUGUGAUGGCCAGGUGAUGGCCCUGGGCUAUACUGAAAAACAAUGGAUAUAUUCAUUUCGCUGUAUAACCAUUUUCGACAAAGCUAUGGCCUUCCCACCGACCUCGUCACCAUUGGAGCAAUGUUUGUGGCUGCCAUUGCCAUCUUCAAGGUUGACGUGACACCGUUUGGGCGGGGGUUCUUCUGCGAUGACCAGUCUCUCAUGUACCCCUACCAUGACGACACGGUCUCCAUGGUGGAUGCUGCCCUCAUCGGUGUCCUCCCCAUGGUGUUACUGAUUUUUGCAAUCGAGGCCUUAGACGCCUACUUGUUGACUGGCCUCAGCUGUGUGCGGACCUUUUUCAAUAUGUACGGGAAGCUGCUCUUCGCCCAGAUAGGUGUUGCAUCUUUCGGAGGAGGGGUCUGCUAUCUGACAACGGAAGUGGUCAAAUUGGUGGUGGGUCGGCUGCGACCACACUUCUUUGAUAUCUGCAAACCUGACUUCUCUAAGAUCAACUGCAGCGCCGGAUACAUCGUCGACUACGUGUGCCAAGGCACGAAUGACGCGCUCAUCAUCGAUGCCAAGAAAUCUUUUCCGUCCGGUCAUUCGUCAUUCAUUGCCUUUGCAAUGACGUAUAUUAUUAUGUAUACUCAGAUUCGUCUGCCGAGGAAGAAUUGUCGUCUGCUGCGAGCUCUACUCCAGUUUGGGGCAGUUCUAGGCGGUGUAUAUGUCUGUGUGUCUAGGAUAUCCGACUAUAAGCACCACUGGAGCGACGUUCUAGGUGGCGCUGUUCUAGGAAUAGUCACAAGUGCUUUAACGGUUCUCUAUGUCAAUGAUGUGAAAAGGAUUAACUAUGAGGAAGGAAUGUCUGAUGAGAAAAGCCCAGUUCCUCUGACAAAAUACGAAAAGAAAGAGCCAGCACAAUACGAGGAUAUUCAAACUUCACGACGAACAGUGGUGUAAGGGAGGUAACCCACACUGUAACAAAGGGAGACAAUUUCACUAUGUAAACAGUUACCUCGCAAAUGGUUGAACUAAGAACUGUGAGACUACAAACACUGAUGUAGGACAACUACAAUAUAUCAUUCUUAAUUCGAGAAGUCUUUUGUAGGCUUGAAGUGUGUGUCAGGCAUGUGUCAUACAGACUUUGAAUUCAUGUGUAUGUGUCUUCGUUUCUUAUAUUUGUUGACCAUAUUUGCUCACUCAAUGAACAAUCCUACUCGAGAGAACAUUUCGUCUUUUUUGUAUGCAUACUUGAUUUUCUGCAUUGUUUAUUUUCUGUGUAUUACUUUCAUCAUUUUCAUACCAAUAGCAAGAUCAACCCAUGUCAGAUAACGUGCACUUUUACUGCAAGCAAUUUAAUGCACGGCCACACUUCAUUUAUAUUUUUGACACUCGAACAAAAGUAUCAAAUUUUAGAAACCGAUUUAGAACUGUAAAUUGUAAAAGAAAAUCCGGCGUACAAACUCCUACAUUUUGAUUUAUUAUAUCUGUCAUCAUUAGUAAAAUACUUUCCAGAUAUGUUUUUGAAAGUACACAGCUGUGCACGUCUCAGGAAAAAGUGCUAAAAUGAUGACUUGUACCAUGUCAUCGAACCCUUUCUUGCUGAGUGUGCUGUUUUGUCUUUUUAUUCCUUACUCAGACACUGAGAAUUCGUGGCCAGUUUGCUAGAAACUGAUCUGCCCUAGUGAAAGAUUCAUACUCUAAUUUUGUACCAGUAAGUGUUUACAUCCGAGAGGUAUCAAUAACAUUGUUCCUGUUUCAUGUUUCUUAGUAAGUAACUAUGAUGUGUUUGUUAAUGAGAAGUCCUUGUGCUUGUGCCCUACAUUCUUAUACAGAGACAAGAUGACCUAGACAUCAGCCCAUCCUGAAGUAGAUUUGUCAUAUUGUGUCAUUGUUUCAUUAAUGGAGACUGAUUGCGUGUAGUAUUAAUGAAAUUGUUCUGUAUCUAUUUAUUACAGUGGAAUGUGGUUGACACAGAAAUACUGUCACCAGGUUUCUGAUAAAAUGAGCAUAGAGUGAUAUGCCUUCAUGAGGAUGGAGUGAUGUCCCUUUGCAUGUGCAUAGACAAGCUCCUUUUCAACACAUGACUCCCAGUAACCAUCUUCCCGAGGCAAGGGAGAUAACUCACAAUAAAAGUCCAGUUUCCACCCUUGCCAAACUAGGCUGGAAUUAUGAGUUAUAUUUUGGCUGGACUAACGAGUCAAUGCAUAGUCCAAUCAAAAUUGUGUUACAAAAUCGACUGCUUAGUAAACUGACAUGCAGAUUUCGGUCGAUUGCAGGUUUUGCAAAGCAUGUGUAAAUUAGCAUCAACAGAUGUUUUCAAAAUCUUUUCAUGUUUUUAAUCAAGGUGCUCAUGUGUUUUGAUACGCUUCUGAAGUAAGACCCGUUUUAUUACAAUAUAGAUCUUGAUUAUCGAUCAGAUUGUGUUCAUCUUGUGCCACCAUUUCAUUUGAAGAAAUUACAAGAGAUAUGAGAGGUGAAAUCUGAUUGGUCAAUGGGAGGGACAUAGAAGGUACAUAACUGGUAAUAGCCACCCCAGGCACUAGAAAUGACACAAGAAAUUCCAGCUUAGUUCAGCAAGGGUGGAAACUGGACUUCUACAGUCAGUUAACUCCCUUGCCCUUGGACGAUGCCAGUGACAUGGUCAUGAGUUCCGUAGAGCUCCAUGAAUGGGCUAUGGUGUAUAGACCAAGCUCCAUCUCAGUGUAUGACACCUUCGCUACCAUUACCGUAUGUUGAGAUCCAGGAAGUGGCUGUCACUGGGAGGAGCUUGGUGUACAGCCGUUUCCUUACAGUAAAUGCCAGGACAACUGGUUCGCAUUAAAGGUUUUUGCUGUA